CACAUCUCUUGCGGACUUCUGCCUGUUGAUAUGGAGCAAAAUCAUUUACAGAUAGUUCUGAAGAAUUUGUGGCUGAUCUUUCUUAUUGUGGAACACGUUAAGCCUGCACUAUCAGAUGGUUGGAUCCAUGCACAUGCAGAAGACAAACUCUUUAAAAAACUCUUCAUCGGUUACAAUAAGUGGUCCAGACCCGUGCGGAACAUCAGUGAUGUUGUCAUCGUCAAGUUUGGCCUCUCAAUUGCCCAGCUUAUUGAUGUGGAUGAGAAGAAUCAAAUGAUGACAACGAACGUUUGGCUGAAACAGGAAUGGAACGAUUAUAAACUGCGCUGGAACCCCUCCGAGUUUGAUAAUGUGAUGUCUAUUAGAGUCCCGUCGGAGAUGAUUUGGGUGCCUGACAUCGUCUUAUACAAUAAUGCGGAUGGCGAGUUCGCAGUGACCCACAUGACCAAAGCCCACCUGUUCCACACGGGGAAGGUGAGGUGGGUUCCUCCCGCCAUCUACAAGAGCUCCUGCAGCAUUGACGUCACCUUCUUCCCGUUCGACCAACAAAACUGCAAGAUGAAGUUCGGCUCCUGGACAUACGACAAGGCCAAGAUCGACCUGGAGCAGAUCGAGAACACCGUGGACUUGAAGGACUACUGGGAGAGUGGCGAAUGGGCGAUCAUCAACGCCGUGGGAACCUACAACACCAAGAAGUACGACUGUUGUCACGAGAUCUACCCGGACAUCACCUACUACUUCAUCAUCCGCCGCCUGCCUCUCUUCUACACCAUCAACCUCAUCAUUCCCUGCUUGCUUAUCUCUUGUUUGACCGUUCUGGUGUUUUACCUGCCAUCGGACUGUGGAGAGAAGAUCACAUUGUGCAUUUCAGUCCUUCUUUCCCUCACCGUUUUCCUAUUGCUCAUCACUGAAAUCAUUCCCUCGACGUCUCUGGUCAUUCCACUCAUCGGAGAGUACCUGCUCUUCACCAUGAUAUUUGUCACCCUCUCCAUAGUCAUUACCGUUUUUGUGCUCAAUGUGCACCAUCGAUCGCCCAGCACCCAUAAAAUGCCCAGUUGGGUUCAUUCGGUGUUCCUGGACCUCAUUCCCCGCUGGCUCUUCAUGAGACGCCCAGAACCCGAGCUGAAGCUCCGCGGCACGGCCAACCUCUGCACGUCUAAGAGCUGCCUUCAGCAGGAGACCGACGUGGACGGGCAGGACUGUCGGGACAUGGAGUUCGGGGUGGGGAUGGGGAUAUCCACGUCCAUCUCGUCCCCAUCCGCCACGUCUCUGCAUCUGUCCGACUCGGAGCCUUUACUCCAGAAGUUGGGACACGUGAUGAACCUGUGCCAGUGUCCAGCAAAGCUCACGAACCUCGUGUCAGACCCCGGUCUCAGCUUCUCACCGUGUGUCCUGAAGGCCCUGGAUGGGGUGCGCUACAUCGCUGAGCACCUGCACGCUGAGAAUGAAGACUUUUCAGUCAAGGAGGACUGGAAAUACGUGGGAAUGGUGAUUGAUCGCAUCUUUCUGUGGAUGUUCAUCAUCGUGUGCCUGCUGGGGACGGUCGGCCUCUUCUUACCUCCCUGGAUAUCAGGAAUGAUCUAAGAGCCGUGAUACACACCACCAACAUCAAGAGCUUUGAUAAACACUUGAAGCCAAGAUCCUUUACAGGGACCAUUAAAAAGAUGGCAAACAUUGA